GUGACAUCAUCCACCGCGGAGAUGGACGAUUUACUGGACGUGGGCGAGGAGAGACGUCGCAGCUCGGCCACCUCCGGGGCCAAGAUGGGCCGCCGAGCUCAGCAGGAGUCUACGCAGCCUGAGAAUUACUUGAGCACCAAGACUUCUUCAUUGACUCAGACUGGAGAGGCUCCCCCACCAAAGCCACCUCGAAGGCAAGGAGGCUGGGCGGACGACUCCAUGAAGGCGUCAAGAUUGGGAAAGAAAACUUCUGAGGAGAUGGAAGACCACCGCCUCAGACAACACAGCCUGACUGGAUCAGAUGAAGGAGAAGAUAUCCCAGUGAUCCCAGAUCUGGAAGAGGUGCAGGAAGAGGACUUCGUGCUGCAGGUGGCAUCCCCUCCGAGCAUCCAGGUGAACCGAGUGAUGACCUACCGUGACCUGGACAACGACCUCAUGAAGUACUCGGCCUUUCAGACUUUGGAUGGAGAAAUUGACCUGAAGCUCCUCACCAAAGUGCUGGCGCCUGAGCAUGAAGUGCGUGAGGAUGACGUAGGCUGGGACUGGGACCAUCUGUACACCGAGGUGUCCUCAGAGCUCCUCACGGAGUGGGACCUGCUGCGGGAGAAGGAGGAGCCUGUGGGACCAUCCAAGCCCACCUGAUCCAGGGGCCUCACUGUGCAUCUGAGCAAAUGCAAGAAGUCUAAAACCAAGGGAGCUUGCAGGCAACUUAGAAUUUUUAAUACAGAAUGUUUUGUAAUAAAAUAUUUAUUUUCAGUAGACCACAUUGGAGCAUUCCAGUUCAAUAAAUGGCUUUAUUCUGUGAAC